AUGCUGCUCUGCAGGGUUGGCCUAUUACCCCUUACCUCACCAACCUCCACCACUGUUUUUUACGACAACGACACAGCAACGGCCUCUUUUCAUAAUUCCUGGCGGUUCCAUUCUUCGGACUUUGUCACGUUACUUCUCACCUUGCGGAAUGCGACUUUUCGAAACGAUUUGUUUUGGGCAGGCAUUCAAGACCAGGAAGUGGAGGAGGAAUUCGCGCUGUGUGUAGCAUGCUUAAUUCGAUACCCGACAUAUCAAUCUCUUCAAACUAUUUCACUACAACGUCUUGAUCGUGAUUCCUGUUCAGUGUUCCCAGUUGUGAGAAUUAAUGCUCCCGAUCAUGCCGCAGAGUGCUGA